CUGACAGAGAAGCCAUUGCAGGGUCAGAAGGAGUUGACCUGGGGCAAGGAUCCUGGCCCCUCCCACAGUCACGGCAGAGAACGCCUGUCCACCUCCGCCAUCCACACCCCGCCCACCUCCGCCACCUCCAAGAGCUCCGAACACAGGCAAAUGUCCCAGGGAGCCGCACGGCUUGCACCCCUCCACCCCCAGGUUAGUACCUCCUGUCUCACCCCUCCACCCCCAGGUUAGUACCUCCUGUCUCACCCCUCCACCCCCAGGUUAGUACCUCCUGUCUCACCCCUCCACCCCCAGGUUAGUACCUCCUGUCUCACCCCUCCACCCCCAGGUUAGUACCUCCUGUCUCACCCCUCCACCCCAAGGUUAGUACCUCCUGUCUCACCCCUCCACCCCCAGGUUAGUACCUCCUGUCUCACCCCUCCACCCCCAGGUUAGUACCUCCUGUCUCACCCCUCCACCCCCAGGUUAGUACCUCCUGUCUCACCCCUCCACCCCCAGGUUAGUACCUCCUGUCUCACCCCUCCACCCCCAGGUUAGUACCUCCUGUCUCACCCCUCCACCCCCAGGUUAGUACCUCCUGUCUCACCCCUCCACCCCCAGGUUAGUACAUCCUGUCUCACCCCUCCACCCCCAGGUUAGUACCUCCUGUCUCAUCCCUCCACCCCCAGGUUAGUACCUCCUGUCUCACCCCUCCACCCCCAGGUAACCAGCUUGGACCUCGUCUCUUGUGACUAGGGUUGCAAAACUCUACUUGUCACCAGAGCUAGUAAAGAAACUAGCCUUUUGGGGGCCCUAAGCAAUUUUGUCAGGGGGCGUAGAGAAAAUGUUGCAGUUUUAAAGCAAGUUUUCUGCAAUUCUGCUCAUUUUGCCAUGGGGUGGAGAUCAUUUUUUUUAGUAGUUUUCCUGCAGUUCUACACAUUUGCUAUGGGGUGGAGAUGACAAUUUGCUGUUUUAAAGCUGAUUACCUGAUUUCAGCUUGUAACAGACUGUUAGGUUGUCAGCUUGUAACAGACUAUUAGGUUGUCAGCACAUGGUUGAUGGUUCGGAGAUGACCUUCAACUAGUCUCUGUAUCCAUGAUUGUUAUUUGUGAUGAGAGUGAAGAGAAGGCUACCACUUAUUUGAAGCAUGUUUUUGAUGUACCAGGGCAUUUGAUUGGUCAGUACCCAUUUCAAGGUCUCAUAUGUAGGGAAAUACAACCAUGGACCACCUCAUUCUAACCGUUAUUCAAUCAAACUGCAGCCUUUAGUAUCUCAGACUCACCCAGUGUUUUGAUACGUAGUUCUGAUGUUUGCUUCUCUGUUCUCUAAUCCAGUAUUGCUUUGUCUCUCUCCAGUGUCUCCCUGCUCUGGCUUCCACAACCGUCAGUAAGUUCUCCUUCACCAUCCUAGAGGGCCGCAUCAACCCCGUGGCCCCAGACUUCUGCCGCUUCAAGCAGCACUACUGCCUGUGCUGGGGCCUGCUGGUGGAGGUGCUGUGGGGGCUGGCGAGUCUGCUGAGGCGCUAUGCCGUCCCCAUGGCCAGGGUCAACGGAGAGAGGCUGGUAGAGCUGGCACAGGUGGGUGAACUUCACUCAACUUUACAACGUUUUCCCCCUUUACAACGUUUUCCUCUACGGUGGGAACUGCGAUCGAAAUCAACAUAAUAUGAAAAACAUCUGACUGUGCAAGACUUAAGUCUGUGAUUUUGUUUUAGGCAGAGCGCAUCGGAGGAGGAUUCUAUUGCAUUGACAGGUGGUGGCGAGUAGAUGCGUUUGUUUUGAGAUCAAAGCACAGAGCUGCGUGUAGCCGCGCGUGUUCAUAUUCUUUGCUAGUUAAUUAAGCCCUGCAUAAUGUUUAAAAAAAACACCUCAUGGAAUGUAGGCCUACAUUGAACACCACACAUUGGCUGCUACUGUAGGCAGUACCAUAGCUAGAUCAGCUAGUUCCAUGUUAAAAUUUCACGGGAUGCAUUUUCAUUUUUCUUUAUGGUAUGCCACUCUGGUAGGCCUACAUUAUGAUCAAAUAGCCACAGUAGCCUACUUGGCCACUUUUAAAACGUGUAACUUAAAGCAGGUACAGCCUCAGUGUUCACAGUAAACGCGUGCCGGAAGUUGUACGGAAUUUUCACAACAUUCAAGUUUGCUCACAGCAGACCUGAAAUUUGCUCAGUACUGGAGAAUUUUUUUUUGAAGUUACAUUGGUGCAAUCCCACUACGGAUGACUGUCCGUCUCCUUGUCCAGGGCGGGGAUCUGGACUGGGCCGUAGGAGGAGGAGGAGGAGGAGGAGGAGGAGGAGGCAGUAGCUCGGUGGAGUGUCUCCUCUCGGUGCUGGAGAACAGAGAGGAGGUUUGGGACCUGGUGUACCGACCAGGGCAGCGCUACCGGGGGGAGGGAGGCACAGAGGCAGCCGCGGCACGGAUCCAGAGCUGCUGGAGGCGCCACUGGGCCCGCAAUGCCUACCUGCGCCACCGUCAAAGGAAGUGGGCGGCAGGGACCAUCGCUAUCUCCUGGCUGAUGCACGCUCAACUGGGCCGCGUCAGGAAGAGCCUGCAGGAGAGCAGGAGGACACACCUGGACAACUACCGCAUCAGGGGACAGGUCUGUCUGUCUGUCCGUCCGUCUGUCUGUCUGUCUGUCAUACCUAGAUGAGCUCACCCAGCACAUUACACUUCUGACUGAGCAGAGAAUCCUCUGUACCCUUGAUAGUCUGACAUCUAAAUUAGACGUCUGUUUUGAUAUAACAGCACUAUGUACCCUCAGAUUCUCUGUCUGUGUCUGUGUCUGUCUCUGUCUAUGUGUCUGUGUCUGUGUCUGUCUCUGUCUGUGUCUCUGUCUGUGUCUCUGUCUGUUUCUCUGUCAGUGCAUCAUAUCCAUCUCAGUUCAGAUGUCUUCUGUCUUGUCUCUGUGCUAGCCUGUCAUCUUGGUUUUAACAUCUUCAUGGACUCAGCCGGUCUAUUAAUUAGGACUAGUGCCCACCAGUUAAUUUACUGCUACCGUGUGUGUGUGUGUGUGUGUGUGUGUGUGUGUGUGUGAAUGUGUGUAAGUGUGUCUGUGUGUUUAGUGUGUGUGUCUUCAGGACAGUCCCAUCACUGAUCCAUGUUCUUCUCCUCCUCCAGUAUCUGUCAGCCAACUGGAAACACAUCCAGUCUUCCAGGAGGACCAUCAUACACAUCCCAUCACUGGGUAGGUAGCUCUCCCUCACUCAGACACACUCACACUAACCACCAGCUAGACUGGCACUGCUCGAAAUAGGUCUGUGGUCUCUGCAGGAAAACCAUGAGGAGACCAUGAGAGUCUGAAUGCCAGGGAGGGAGGGAAGUGAACAUAAAGAUUUGGAGUUAAAGCUAAUGAAUAGCCAUUAACCAUUAGACACAGAGGAUGUGUUCUGCCCCCUCAUGACAAUUUACAACUAUUGGAUGAAAUACUGUAUCUUGUUUCUACAGUAUCCAUCGUGGGUCGUCUAGAUAGCCUCCUUUGUCAGUUAGAAAGUAAAGCACACAACUUUGAGUUUGUAUUUGUAUGUAUUAUGGAUCCCCAUUAGUUCCUGCCAAGGCAGCAGCUACUCUUCCUGGGGUUGAUUAUGGAUCCCCAUUAGUUCCUGCCAAGGCAGCAGCUACUCUUCCUGGGGUUUAUUAUGGAUCCCCAUUAGUUCCUGCCAAGGCAGCAGCUACUCUUCCUGGGGUUUAUUACGGAUCCCCAUUAGUUCCUGCCAAGGCAGCAGCUACUCUUCCUGGGGUUUAUUAUGGAUCCCCAUUAGUUCCUGCCAAGGCAGCAGCUACUCUUCCUGGGGUUUAUUACGGAUCCCCAUUAGUUCCUGCCAAGGCAGCAGCUACUCUUCCUGGGGUUUAUUAUGGAUCCCCAUUAGUUCCUGCCAAGGCAGCAGCUACUCUUCCUGGGGUUUAUUAUGGAUCCCCAUUAGUUCCUGCCAAGGCAGCAGCUACUCUUCCUGGGGUUUAUUAUGGAUCCCCAUUAGUUCCUGCCAAGGCAGCAGCUACUCUUCCUGGGGUCCAGCUAAAUGAAGGCAAUUAUACAUUUUAAAAACAUUACAAUACAUUCAUAACAGAUUUCACAACAUACAGUUGAAGUCGGAAGUUUACAUACACCUUAGCCAAACACAUUUAAACUCAGUUUUUCACAAUUCCUGACAUUUUAAUCCUAGUAAAAAUUCCCUGUUUUAGGUCAGCUAGGAUCACCACUUUAUUUUAAGAAUGUGAAAUGUCAGAAUAAUAGUAGAGAGAAUUAUUUAUUUCAACUUUUAUUUCUUUCAUCACAUUCCCAGUGGGUCAGAAGUUUACAUACACUCAAUUAGUAUUUGGUAGCAUUGCCUUUAAAUUGUUUAACUUGGGUCAAACGUUUCGGGUAGCCAUCCACAAGCUUCCCACAAUAAGUUGGGUGAAUUUUGGCCCAUUCCUCCUGACAGAGCUGGUGUAACUGAGUCAGGUUUGUAGGCCUCCUUGCUCGCACACGCUUUUUCAGUUCUGCCCACAAAUGUUCUAUAGGAUUGAGGUCAGGUCUUUGUGAUGACCACUCCAAUACCUUGACUUUGUUGUCCUUAAGCCAUUUUGCCACAACUUUGGAAGUAUGCUUGGGGUCAUUGUCCAUUUGGAAGACCCAUUUGCGACCAAUCUUUAACUUCCUGACUGAUGUCUUGAGAUGUUGCUUCAAUAUAUCCACAUAAUUUUCCUUCCUCAUGAUGCCAUCUAUUUUGUGAAGUGCACCAGUCCCUCCUACAGCAGAGCACCCCCACAGCAUGAUGCUGCCACCCCCGUGCUUCACGGUUUGGAUGGUGUUCUUCGGCUUGCAAGCGUUCCCCUUUUUCCUCCAAACAUAACAAUGGUCAUUAUGGCCAAACAGUUCUAUUUUUGUUUCAUCAGACCAGAGGACAUUUCUCCAAAAAGUACAAUAUUUGUCCCCAUGUGCAGUUGCAAACCGUAGUCUGGCUUUUUUAUGGCGGUUUUGGAGCAGUGGCUUCUUCCCUGCUGAGCGGCCUUUCAGGUUAUGUCGAUAUAGGACUCAUUUUACUGUGGAUAUAGAUACUUUCGUACCUGUUUCCUCCAGCAUCUUCACAAGGUCCUUUGCUGUUGUUCUGGGAUUGAUUUGCACUUUUGGCACCAAAGUACGUUCAUCUCUAGGAGACAGAACGCGUCUCCUUCCUGAGCGGUAUGACGGCUGCGUGGUCCCAUGGUGUUUAUACUUGCGUACUAUUGUUUGUACAGAUGAACGUGGUACCUUCAGUCAUUUGGAAAUUGCUCCCAAGGAUAAACCAGACUUGUGGAGGUCUACAAUUUCUUUUCUGAGGUCUUGGCUGAUUUCUUUUGAUUUUCCCUUGAUGUCAAGCAAAGAGGCACUGAGUUUGAAGGUAUGCCUUGAAAUACAUCCACAGGUACACCUCCAAUUGACUCAAAUGAUGUCAAUUAGCCUAUCAGAAGCUUCUAAAGCCAUGACAUCAUUUUCUGGAAUUUUCCAAGCUGUUUAAAGGCAAAGUCAACUUAGUGUAUGUAAACUUCUGACCCACUGGAAUUGUGAUACAGUGAAUUAUAAGUGAAAUUAUAUGUCUGUAAACAAUUGUUGGAAAAAUUACUUGUGUCAUGCACAAAGUAGAUGUCCUAACCGACUUGCCAAAACCAUAGUUUGUUAACAAGACAUUUGUGGAGUGGUUGAAAAACAAGUUUUAAUGACUCCAACCUAAGUGUAUGUAAACUUCCGACUUGAACUGUAUGAAGUGUGUGCCCUCUACUACCACAUAUCUAUAACACAAAAUCCAUGUGUACAUGUGUGUAUAGUGUGUAUGUUAUCAUAUGUUUGUGUUGCUUCACAGUCCCCGCUGUUCCAUAAGGUGUAUUUUUAUCUGUUUUUUAAAUCUAAUUUUACUGCUGGUAUGACUUACUUGAUGUGGAAUAGAGUUCCAUGUAGUCAUGGCUCUAUGUAGUACUGUGCGCCUCCCAUAGUCUGUUCUGGACUUGGGGACUGUGAAGAGACCUCUGGUGGCAUGUCUUGUGGGGUAUGCAUGAUUGUUCGACCUGUGUGCCAGUAGUUCAAACAGACAGCUCGGAGCAUUCAACAUGUCAAUACCUCUCACAAAUACAAGUUAUGAUGAAGUCAAUCUCUCCUCCACUUUGAGCCAGGAGAGAUUGACAUGCAUAUUAUUAAUGUUAGCUCUCUGUGUACAUCCAAGGGCCAGCCGUGCUGCCCUGUUCUGAGCCAAUUGCAAUUUUCCUAAGUCCCUCUUUGUGGCACCUGACCACACGACUGAACAGUAGUCCAGGUGCGACAAAACUAGGGCCUGUAGGACCUGCCUUGUUGAUAGUGCUGUUAAAAAGGCAGAGCAGUGAUUUAUUAUGGACAGACUUCUCCCCAUCCUAGCUACUGUUGCAUCAACAUGUUUUGACCAUGACAGUUUACAAUCCAGGGUUACUUCAAGCAGUUUAGUCUCCUCAACUUGCUCAAUUUCUACAUUAUUCAUUACAAGAUUUAGUUGAGGUUUAAGGUGUAGUGAAUGAUUAGUCCCAAAUACAAUGCUUUUAGUUUUUGAAAUAUUCAGGACUAACUUAUUCCUUGCCACCCAUUCUGAAACUAACUGCAGCUUUUUGUUAAGUGUUGCUUACUGUCAUUUCAGUCGCUGUAGUAGCUGACGUGUAUAGUGUUGAGUCAUCCGCAUACAUAGACACACUGGCUUUACUCAGAGCCAGUGGCAGGUCAUUAGUAAAGAUUUAAACAAGUAAAGGGGUUCCAUUUAAAGAACACCCUCUGUGUUCUGUUUGACAGGUAACUCUUUAUCCACAAUAUAUCAGGGAAUGUAAAGCCAUAAGCCAAAGCCAUAACACAUUGUUUUUUCCAGCAACAGACUAUGAUCGAUAAUGUCAAAAGCCGCACUGAAGUCUAACAAAACAGCCCCCACAAUCUUUUUAUCAUCAAUUUCUCUCAGCCAAUCAUCAGUCAUUUGUACAAGUGCUGUGCGUUGUUGAAUGUCCUUCCCUAUAAGCGUGCUGAAAGUCUGUUGUCAAUUUUGUUUACUGUAAAAUAGCAUUGUAUCUGGUCAAACACAAUAUUUUCCAAUAGUUUACUAAGGGUUGGUAACAGGCUGAUUGGUCGGCUAUUUGAGCCAGUAAAGGGGGCUUUACUAUUCUUAGGUAGGGGAAUAACUUUUGCUUCCCUCCAGGCCUGAGGGCACACACUUUCUAGUAGGCUUAAAUUGAAGAUGUGGCAAAUAGGAGUAGCAAUAUCAUCUGCUAUUAUCCUCAGUCAUUUCCCAUCCACGUUGUCAGACCCCGGUGGCUUGUCAUUGUUGAUAGACAAAAAAAAAAAAAACGUACCUCUUCCACACUUACUUUACGGAAUUCAAAAUUACAAUGCUUGUCUUUCAUAAUUUGGUCAUAUAUACUUGGAUUUGUAGUGUCAGCGUUUGUUGCUGGCAUGUCAUGCCUAAGUUUGCUAAUCUUGCCAAUGAAACAAUUAUUAAAGUAGUUGGCAAUAUCAGUGGGUUUUGUGAUGAUUCAAUAAUUGAUGGAGCGGAGUUUGCCUUUUUGCCCAAAAUUUCAUUUAAGGCGCUCAAACUUUUUACUAUCAUUCUUUAUGUCAUUUAUCUUAGUUUCAUAGUGUAGUUUCUUCUUCUUUUUAUUCAGUUUAGUCACAUGAUUUCACAAUUUGCAGUAUGUUUGCCAAUCGGUUGUACAGCCAGACUUAUUUGCCAUUCCAUUUGCCUCAUCCUUCUCAACCAUACCAUUUUUCAAUCUUCAUCAAUCCACAGGGAUUUAACAGUUUUUACAGUCAUUUUCUUAAUAGGUGCAUGCUUAUUAGUGUCACGAUCGUCAAACAGAGAUGAGGACCAAGGCGCAGCGUUGCAGGCAAACAUACUCUUUAAUUAGAGACACGAUCAAAAACAACAAACGAUACGUGACAGUUCACGGUCUAACAUAAACAGACUUGAAACAAGAUCCCACAAACACAAAUGGGAAACAGACAGUUUAAAUAUGGCUCCCAAUCAGAGACAACCAACGACAGCUGACACUCGUUGCCUCUGAUUGGGAGCCACUCAGGCCAACAUAGAAAUACACAUACUAGAUACACAAAUGAAAUGCACACCCUGGCUCAACAUACAAGUGUCCCCAGAGCCAGGGCGUGACAAUUAGUAACUGGAAUAAGCAAUUUCAUAAAUGUGUCAAGUGCAGCGUCUGGUUGCUCGUCAUUACACACUACGGACCAACAAAUAUUAUUCACAUCAACAACAUAAGAAUCACUACUAAUCUUCUUGUAUGACCUCUUAUACACUAUAUUAGGCCCAUCCUUUGGAACUUUGGUUUUCCUAGAUAUGGCUACUAUAUUGUGAUCACUACAUCCAAUGGAUUUGGAUACUGCUUUCAAACAAAUUUCUGCAGCAUUAGUAAAUAUAUGAUCAAUACAUGUUGAUGAUUUAAUUCCUGUACUGUUUGUAACUACCCUGGUAGGUUGAUUGAUAACCUGAACCAGGUUGCAGGCACUAGUUACAGUUUGAAGCUUUUUCUUGAGUGGGCAGCUUGAUGAAAGCCAGUAAAUAUUUAAAUCACCCAAAAAGUAUAUAUCUCUAUUGAUAUCACAUACAUUAUCAAGCAUUUCACACAUUUUAUCCAGAUACUGACUGUUAGCACUUGGUGGUCUAUAGCAGCUUCCCACCAGAAUGGGCUUUAGGUGAGGCAGAUGAACCUGUAGCCAUAUUACUUCAACAGUAUUUAACAUGAGAUCCUCUCUAAGCUUUACAGGUUCUGAAUAUAAACAGCAACACCUCCACCUUUGGCAUUUCUGUCUUUUCUGUAGAUCUUAUAACCAUGUAUUGCUACCACUGUAUCAUCAAAUGUAUUAUCUAAGGGAGUUUCAGAGAUUGUCAGAAUAUGAAUGUCAUCUGUUACUAGCAAAUUAUUGAUUUCAUGAACCUUGUUUCUUAAGCUACAUAUGUUAACGUGGGCUAUUUUUAACACUUUUCUGGGAUGCUUAAUUGUUUUUCUUUCUUUAUUGGGAAGCUUAGCAGAGGUAGACAUGCUCAAGUUAUUUUUAUUAGUGCGGGGUGAGAUGCACACAGUGGACUUCCUACUAGGGCACACCACCUCAGUGCUAACAGUAUUAUUCUGGUUCAUAGGCAUAUGAUUACUGCAUACAAUAGCUGUAGGAUCAGCAGAGGCAUUCAGGGCAGUAAGAGGGACAUAAAUUAGGUUACUUACAUUGUGUCUUCCAGCGCCCCUAGGAUAAUGUACAUUUGCUGAAGCGUUAUGACAACUCAGCGACACAAUGGUAGGGAUUCAAUUAGCUGGAUUUGAUAAGUCAUUGUCUCAACGCAGCCUUAUAAUGUUGUGAAAGGAUCCAGGAACCCAAAUGAUUUGGGUGGAUCCCAUCCUCCUUAUAAUACGAGCUUUGUUUCCAGAAGGUAUCAAAAUUGUCAAUAAAUAUUACACCCACAGAGCUGCAAUAGUUUCAACUGCAAUCAGGCUUGCAUUCUCAAUCCUUAAUAAACAGUUGUCUCAAAUGAUUAUUAGAGCUAAUUACAAGCAGAUGGAAUGUUUUAUGUGCACUCCGGGCCUCAGAGGAGUAGAGUGAUGUGUGUGUGUGUUUGCGUGCCUUUGUGUUUGCUGCUGUGUUGAGCUAGGAGAAGAUAAUUAGCUAGUUGAACCCCAUUGUUGUUAAUUAGCCGGAAGUCAAUCAUUUAAUUUAAUUACCAUGAUCCAUCGGAGGAUUGUCUCUCUCUCACAGCACUGGCAGGUCAGCCAGGCAGACCACCAGACAGACACACAGGGAAGUCCUCUACACAUUAUCACUAUGCUGUGUUUCUGUGUGGUUGGGUUCUAUUUGAGGUUCUAACCCAGUGUUCUCUGUGUGCCAGGUCAGGGUCUUAUGUGACUCUGUGUAGAGCAGACUGGGUUAGGUUGUAACCCUGUGUUCUCUGUAUAGCAGACUGGGUUAGGUUGUAACCCUGUGUUCUGUGUUAUAGCAGAUUGGGUUAGGUUGUAACCCUGUGUUCUCUGUAUAGCAGACUGGGUUAGGUUGUAACCCUGUGUUCUCUGUAUAGCAGAUUGGGUUAGGUUGUAACCCUGUGUUCUCUGUAUAGCAGACUGGGUUAGGUUGUAACCCUGUGUUCUCUGUAUAGCAGAUUGGGUUAGGUUGUAACCCUGUGUUCUCUGUAUAGCAGAUUGGGUUAGGUUAUAACCCUGUGUUCUCUGUAUAGCAGAUUGGGUUAGGUUGUAACCCUGUGUUCUCUGUAUAGCAGAUUGGGUUAGGUUGUAACCCUGUGUUCUCUGUAUAGCAGACUGGGUUAGGUUGUAACCCUGUGUUCUCUGUAUAGCAGAUUGGGUUAGGUUGUAACCCUGUGUUCUGUGUAUAGCAGAUUGGGUUAGGUUGUAACCCUGUGUUCUGUGUAUAGCAGAUUGGGUUAGGUUGUAACCCUGUGUUCUCUGUAUAGCAGACUGGGUUAGGUUGUAACCCUGUGUUAUGUGUAUAGCAGAUUGGGUUAGGUUGUAACCCUGUGUUCUCUGUAUAGCAGACUGGGUUAGGUUGUAACCCUGUGUUCUCUGUAUAGCAGACUGGGUUAGGUUGUAACCCUGUGUUCUCUGUAUAGCAGACUGGGUUAGGUUGUAACCCUGUGUUCUCUGUAUAGCAGAUUGGGUUAGGUUGUAACCCUGUGUUCUGUGUAUAGCAGAUUGGGUUAGGUUGUAACCCUGUGUUCUCUGUAUAGCAGACUGGGUUAGGUUGUAACCCUGUGUUCUCUGUAUAGCAGACUGGGUUAGGUUGUAACCCUGUGUUCUCUGUAUAGCAGACUGGGUUAGGUUGUAACCCUGUGUUCUCUGUAUAGCAGAUUGGGUUAGGUUGUAACCCUGUGUUCUCUGUAUAGCAGACUGGGUUAGGUUGUAACCCUGUGUUCUGUGUUCUAUAUGUUAUGUUCCCUGUGUUCUAACCCUGUAUUCUGUGUUCUAUGUGUUAGGUUCCCUGUGUUCUAACCCUGUAUUCUGUGUUCUAUGUGUUCUAACCCUGUAUUCUGUGUUCUAUGUGUUCUAACCCUGUGUUCUGUGUUAUAUGUGUUAGGUUCCCUGUGUUCUAACCCUGUGUUCUAUGUGUUCUAACCCUGUAUUCUGUGUUCUAUGUGUUUUAACCCUGUAUUAUGUGUUCUAUGUGUUAGAUUCCCUGUGUUCUAACCCUGUAUUCUGUUUUCUGUGUGUUCUAACCCUGUAUUCUGUGUUCUAUGUGUUAGGUUCCCUGUGUUCUAACCCUGUAUUCUGUGUUCUAAGUGUUAGGUUCCCUGUGUUCUAACCCUGUGUUCUGUGUUCUAUGUGUUCUAACCCUGUAUUCUGUGUUCUAUGUGUUAGGUUCCCUGUGUUCUAACCCUGUAUUCUGUGUUCUAUGUGUUCUAACCCUGUAUUCUGUGUUCUAUGUGUUAGGUUCCCUGUGUUCUAACCCUGUAUUCUGUGUUCUAUGUGUGUCCUCUGUCAGGUUACUCCCAGUUGCAGCGUUUCAGCCUGAAGGGUUUUGACAUCCUGCAGAACAUCCAGAUGGGACGGCUGUGUGAUGUCAGAGGUACAGUAGGAGGUGUUGGGGCUCUGCAGUCAGAUGUUCAUAGAUCC